GUUCCAUUUUUGGAGGCCUGGAAACUCCGCCAAACGGGCCCUAAGAAAUUUCCUUAGCAACUGGCUAGGGUUUAGAUUUGGCGGGAAAGUCACGAAAGCUACAACAAAAUGUGCUAAAAGAGGCCAUAGAAAUCCAUUCUAGAAGGAGAGAUGGCGAACAAGCUCAUCACUCAGAUGGGUCUGCCCAAAUCAAUAGCAAACAUACUCGCAGCUCGUAACAUCACAACCGCCAAGGAUGCAUUGUCCUUAACUGAAUUUGAGUUGAUGGAGUUGUUGGAUGUCGGGUUGGCAGAAGUUACAUCCGCUGUAGCAUACAUAAGUGAAAUUGCAUGUCCACCUUUUCAAACUGCAAUAUCACUGCUGGAGCAGCACCUAGAAAAUGAGUUCUUUGCUGGGCAUCUUCCCACACGUCUGAAAGGAUUAGAUGGGGCCUUAUGUGGUGGAAUACCAUUUGGUGUUUUGACUGAGGUAGUCGGUCCUGCAGGAAUUGGCAAAACACAAUUUUGCCUGAAGCUUUCGUUGCUAGCUUCACUGCCUGCUAAUUGUGGAGGUCUAGAUGGCCAUGUAAUAUAUAUAGAUGUAGAAUCCAAAUUUAGUUCAAGAAGGAUGAUAGAAAUUGGAGUUAAUAGUUUCCCAGAAAUAUUUCACACAGAAGGAAUGGCGCAGGAGAUGGCUGGCAGGAUCCUAGUUUUGCGGCCUUCAUCUCUAUCUGAAUUCACUGAGAGCUUACAACAAAUCAAGGUUUCACUUCUUCAGCACAAAGUGAAGCUGCUUGUCAUUGAUAGCAUGGCAGCUCUUAUUUCAGGGGAAUAUGAACAGGGACCUCCUAGACAACAUGCACUGGGUUGGCAUAUUUCAUUUAUUAAGUCACUUGCAGAAUUUUCGCGAAUUCCUAUACUGGUGACUAACCAAGUAAGAUCUCAAAGUAGUGAUGAAGCUUCCCAAUAUUCUUUUCAAGUGCCAAGCUGGGAUGACACUGUGAAUGACCCCGCAAGGUUUGAUUCUCAUCUUGGCGCUGCUUUAGGAAUUCACUGGGCUCAUGCUGUUGCUAUUCGUCUUGUGCUCGAAUCUAAAUCAGGUCAGAGGUUUAUGAAGAUAGCAAAGUCUCCAAUAUCUCCAUCUCUCUCAUUCCCUUUCAAAAUAACUUCAUCAGGGAUUUUGUUGCUCAGCGAUGAUGGAAUAGAGAUGACAGGGCCACAAAUGAAUACCAUACAUUGUCAAGGCCACAACAACAUCAUUAAUUUUGAUAAUGAAAAGUUUCGGUGAUCGAUCAAGGUGAAAGCUGCAUUAUCAAUAUGAAGAUAUUAUUAAGUCUAACAACAGACAUCCUGUACGUAAAAGCAAUGUCUUUUGGGUAAUCUGGUUUGAGUCAAAUCCUUGGAACAAGAAUACCUUAACAUGCACUUCAUUGAGAUUCAAGACAAUUGGUUCUUGUUUAUUCUUUGUUAAAACCGAGGGAAAGAGAUUUUAAAUUAUACUAUUGAAUAUUAAAGAUAUGUGAACUGUCUUGCUUAUUCUUUGCUAUAGAAGACAUAAAGUACUCUACAACCUUCUAAGAUGGUUUUAUUUAAACAAUAGAAAAAGACAAAGACAAGAAGCCAACCUUUGCUGAUUUUUAAGAUGGUCCACUUGGUGACCCCAAAAGUUGAAGAUGCUUUUUUUUCCAAGAGGUGCCUUCGAAGGUGGGGUUUUAUUGCUGUGACACACUGCUGCUGAUGGUAUCAUUUUAGGUGUGAUUUUUGUGACUUGUGUCUUUUUUCUAAUGAAAGGGUAAAAAGGAAAAAUGGACAUAUUUUUAUAUUCACAACUCAUUAUGCUUCAUCUACAGAAAUAAUAUUACUAUUUUUUCUUCUUCUAGAUGUUGUAGAAUCAAUUAGAGAUAUAUGUGAAUGAGAAAAUGUGGAAGGCCUAUUUUAUAUUUGAAAA